UGGCGUGCGCGCGGUGAAAGGUUAUCGUGUAAACUCGGAAUUGUGCACUCAACGCGAGUAGAACGGCGCUAAAGUAACCAAAAUGGUGAAAACCCGGCACGGGGGCGACGUGGAUACUAGUCCAGGAGGAGAAAUUCUUUCUCUCCGUUCCAGAAAUGCCAAGAGAUUUUCAAGAAGUGAUGCAGAGGACAAUAUGUUAUCAAGCGGGGAUGACAACACUCCUAGGAGCAAGAGACAAAGAAUCGUUUCGAUGAGAGCAUCAGGAGGGAACUCAGAAGAGAGUUCAGGAUACAGAGGCAUGACCAGAAGAAGCUAUCACAGUUCAGGGGCUUCCCCUCCGACCCCUGAGCAGCGGACCAAGGGCAAAGACAAGAGCAGCCCCGACUCGACCGUGCCCAGCAACCAGGCCCCCUCCACGUCAUCCAAGCUGACGCCCAAGAACCAGAAGGAGUUUGCGUUGAGUCGAUCCAGGGAGUUCCGUAGUCUCACCAAGGAUAGCCACGUGGAGGUGAUCGAAGAGGAGGACGAUGAGGAUGGUAUACGCCGUAGUCGACGACCGAGGAAACAGAUUUACAGCACCAUGAAUCAGAACCUCCUGACUGAAAUGAUGUUGGCUGGAGGUGCGAACCCAAGCCCGGAGGAGGUGAUAGUACGCCGGAAGAAGCCCCUGAGACCACCUAGGAAAGAAGAAACUAAUGAUGAUGAAGAGGAGGAGGAGGAGGAAGAUGAGGACGAGGAUGAGGAGGAAGAAGAAGAUGUAGAAAAUAGUGAGCCCGGCACUGACAUGUACUCGCGUAUCAAGAACAGGCAGAUAGCGAAGAAGUUGGAAAGACAGCAAGAGAGGGAGGAAAGACAACGUAGGCAGCAGGAGAAGGAGGAAGAGAAACUAAAGAGGAGACAAGAGAAAGGGAGUGGUGAUGAGGAGGAGGAGUCGGAUGACGAUUCCGAAGAGGAGGAUGAUGAUGAAGAAGAAGAUGAAGAAGAAGAGGGAGAGGAGCCACAGCCCCAGUAUUCCCUUCGUCAGCAUCGUCAAAUCACUGAUCGCUAUUCAGCUCCAAUGUCGGAACCCAUGAGGAAACGCCAGCAGAAAUAUGAGGAUUUCAUCAACCCGCAUUCCCCUCUGAGACGACGUCACUUCAAGCAUAAGAAGCACCUCACCCCAGUACAUAGCCCCAGGCUAAAACGAAGGACACACCAUGGUGCCCGUGAUCUCUCAUCGACCAGCUCGGAAGGCUCUGAUGACGAGAGAAGGUUUGAACGCAGGAAGAACAAGAGCAUGAUGAGAGCCAGAAACAGGUGUCUUCCAAUGAACUUGACUAAGGACGAUAUGUCUGGUGGAGUCAUCAAGGACAGACAGAGAAUAGGGGGUAGCCUGGCUGAUGUAGAUCCUAUGAAUAUUGAUUCAUCGGUGACCUUUGACACUGUUGGUGGUUUAGGCUCACACGUCCAGGCUCUGAAGGAGAUGGUCGUCUUCCCCCUCCUCUACCCAGAGGUCUUUGAGCGCUUCAAGAUCGCCCCGCCCCGAGGGGUGCUGUUCCACGGCCCCCCUGGGACGGGCAAGACCCUCGUGGCAAGGGCGCUGGCCAACGAGUGCAAGCAGGGCGAUAAGAGGGUCGCUUUCUUCAUGAGGAAAGGAGCCGACUGUCUCAGCAAGUGGGUCGGAGAGUCGGAACGUCAGCUCAGGCUACUCUUUGAUCAGGCCUUCACCAUGCGUCCGUCUAUCAUCUUCUUCGAUGAGAUCGACGGUCUGGCCCCGGUCCGGUCAAGCCGCCAAGACCAGAUCCACAGCUCCAUCGUGUCCACCCUCCUGGCCCUUAUGGACGGUCUGGACAGUCGAGGGGAGAUUGUGGUCAUCGGAGCGACCAACAGGAUAGAUGCCAUCGACCCUGCGCUCAGGAGACCAGGACGUUUUGAUAGGGAGUUCCUCUUCCCUCUGCCUUCAGUCGAGGCAAGGACCACCAUCCUCAACAUCCACACCAAACAAUGGAAUCCGAGGCUGUCAGAAGCUUUUGUUUCAGAAGUUGCUGCAAAGUGUGUCGGUUACUGUGGUGCCGACCUCAAGGCGCUAUGCACCGAGGCAGCGCUGUACGCCCUGCGACGCCGCUACCCUCAAAUCUAUACCUCCAAGGAAAAACUCCAGCUGGACGUGACCGAGAUCCAGAUCGGCGCUGUGGACUUCCACCAGGCCAUGAAGCGCAUCGUACCGGCCUCUCAGCGGUCAGUGGUCAGCCCUGGCCGUAGCUUGACCCUCCACGUCCGUCCAUUGCUGGAGAACCAAUUCAAUGCUGCACUGGAUAUUCUACGUCAUGUCUUCCCUUCGGCUUUGUAUAAAGACAAUAGUACUUUACAAGAGGAAUCUUCAGAUCCUCUGACCGAUAUGCUGCACAAUGAUGACUGGGAGGAGGAGGAGGGAGGGCCCAGUAUAUUCAACGGCCCCACCCCAAGGAUGGGGUCCAAGAAACACAGCCUUUCACACACAUCCAACCAUUCAUUCCUCAACUUUGCAAGUACUUCCUACCAUAGACCACACGCCCACCGGCCACGCUUCCUCAUCACCGGGCAGCCUGGGAUGGGGCAAACCUCGCACCUCGGCCCGGCUCUCCUGCAUCACAUGGAGAGACUCCCCGUACACUGCCUUGACCUCCCAGCAUUGUACGCAUGCAGUGCAAAGACACCAGAAGAAUCGUGUGCUCAGGUAUUCCUUGAGGCAAGGCGCACCAGUCCCAGCAUCAUCUAUGUCCCUCACAUAGGCCAGUGGUGGGAGGCAUGCUCCGCAACGUUGCAAGCAACUUUCCUCACGUUGCUGCAAGAUCUACCUCCAUCAGCCCCCAUCCUCCUGCUAGCUACCUCAGACUUUCCGCUCAGGGAUGCUCCAGUCGAGAUGCAGUCUCUUUUCAUUGCUGGUCACGGUGAGGUGAUGAAGAUGAGACUCUUCAAGAUGGAUGAAAGGAGAGAAUUCUUCAGGGAUCUCGUCCUAGUACAAGCCACCAAGGCUCCACACAGGAAGAAGAAAAUUGCUUCUGCAGCCCUUGAGGUCCUUCCUGUAGUCGCUCCCAGGGAACCUAGAGAACUGACAGAGGAAGAGAUCCAGAAGCUCAUCAGUGAGGAAGAGAAGAAGCUCAGAGAGUUGAGAAUCUUCCUCAGGGAUGUCCUCACCAGACUGGCGUCCGAGAGAAAGUUCCGGGUCUUCACCAGUCCCGUGGACCCUGAAGAGGUUCCAGACUAUGUUGAAGUGAUCAAACAACCCAUGGAUCUGUUCACCAUGAACAACAAGAUUAAUCUCCAUCAGUACACCAGCGCUAAACAGUUCCUGGGGGAUAUCGACCUCAUCACCAGCAAUGCCUUGGAAUACAACCCUGAUAGACAACCUAGUGAUCGCAUGAUUAGGAACAGAGCCUGUGAGCUGAAGGACAUGGCCUAUGCCAUCAUCGACGCCGAGAUGGAUUCCGAUUUCGAGAAGGAGUGCGGGGAGAUCGAGGAGUCGAGGUCCAGAAGGCAGGAGAACUCGACCGUGACCGCAGCCAUGGCCCCCAGCUUCUACAAGACAUUCCAUCAGUUGACCCUGACACAGGCGCAGGAACAGGCCAGGGAGCUGGCCAACCAGAAACUAAAACCGCAUCAGUUGGAUUCCUCCAGGGAGGAGGAUGGAGACGGAGGGACCGGUCGACCAAAGAAGGUCAAGAAGAAGCACUCGAAGCGAAGAAGUGCUUGGUCCAGAGGAUUCUUGUCGAAGAUUAAGAAGAAGAAACCGGUUGUUGAUGAAGAGGAAGACAGCGAAGAGGAAGAUGGGGAGGAAAGAGACGAGGAGGAGGAUGAUGAGGAGGAGGAAAGGGAGGAGGAGGAAGGGGAAGAGGCAAUGGAAGAUGGAGAGGUGGAGAUCUUGCACAAUGGACCCCUGACAAAUGGCGAUAUCUUCAACCACCAAGAAACCAGUAACCAAUCUGCUGAAACAUCCACUGCACCCAGUACUCUGUCCCAGAUCACCGACGAUACUCCCAUCGCGACACAGCGCUCGCCUCGUCUCUCCCACAGGCUCGAUAACCACGACAGUGACCGAGAGAGUGUGAAGAGCGGGCCGUGCUCCCCGGUCAGCGAACAUGUAAUCGGGCGUCGGUCACUGCGUAGGAACAGCAAUCAUGCGGCCCCCACGCACCAUCAGCUUCAGAAUGGCAUCAGCAGCGAAGAGUCUUCGGAGAUUGAUCCUCCCACGCUGGAGAAGGUGGUGCCGUUCCAAAGGGUCAAAGGUGACAGGUCAAAGACCAAAGAGAUCAUAAAGGUCAUGGAGGUUGAGAAUGGAGAGGAGGAGGAGGAGGAGGAGGAGAGAAGACAAUAUGAAGGAGACACGCCUACCUCAGCUGAAUCAACCAAAGGAAAAGACAGCAAUGCUACCCUGAGGCGAUCCAGCCGUCGGCCGACAAGGAGUCUUCAGAACGACGCUGUGGCAAUGGCAACAGUAGCAAGGAACAUUCUAGAUGAACCUGUACCAGAACUAGUGGUUGAUCAUGACAGACUCAAGCGACUGUUGGAGAGCGUAACCCUAGCAACAACAAACUUCAACAUUGAGAAGCUGGAGCGAAUGUACAGCGUACUUAGUCACCAUGUCUACCGACACAGAAUGGAUUACGACAAGACAGAGCUUAUUCAGGAUAUGGAGCAGGAGGUGAUGAAUAUCACAGUUCACCCGCUCGACUAGGAGACUUUGUUUAGAAGACAUCACCUUCUGGGAGGCAACGUCUAAGAGAUGCCAUCUAGGAGACAUUGACUAGAAGACAUCACCUUCUGGGAGACAACGUCUAAGAGAUGCCAUCUAGGAGACAUUGUCUCUGAGACAUCACCUUCUGGGAGACAACGUCUAAGAGAUGCCAUCUAGGAGACAUUGUCUCUGAGACAUCACCUUCUGGGAGACAACGUCUAAGAGAUGCCAUCUAGGAGACAUUACCUAGAAGACAUAAUCUUCUGGGAGGCAACCUCUAAGCGAUGCCAUCUAGGAGAUGCCGUCUAGGAGACAUCAUCUAAGAGACAACGUCUAGGAGAUACUGUCUAGGAGACAUCACCUUGUAGAGACCAUCUGGUAGGCAACAUCUAAGAGAUGCCAUCUAGGAGACAUUGCCUAGAAGACAUCAUCUUGGAGACACUGUCUGGGAGGCAACGUCUAAGAGAUGUCGCCUAGGAGACAUCACCUUGUAGACUCCAUCUGGGAGGCAACAUCUAAGAGAUGGCAUGUAGGAGAUGUCAUCUAGAACUGUAAGGUCCCUCUGAAGACUGAUUCACGGUUGAUACUUCUGUGAGACAACGUUUAAGAGAUGCCGUGUAGGAGACACUGUCUCUGAGACAUCUAGAACUAGAAGACCCCUUUUGACGACUGAUUCACGUAGACACUUUCACCUUGCAGUACAUGGAUGUCUGAAUGAAUGAUGAUUGUUUGAAUGAUGUUGGCAGACUGGCCAAGCCGACACAAUUUGAUAUGCUUUGUGUUUGUUGACACAAAAUUGUGCUGAAUGGAACGGUCCCAGGAAAUCUUUAAAAAGAUUGAUUCAACCAAUACCAAGGUUAUUCGCACAUUCUUCUUAUUUUCUUUAAAGAAAUAUUUGCAAAACCAUCAUUCUAUUUUUUCCUAUUUAUAAAGAACUGAAUGUCACAUUUUAUUUUUGCAAACUUUAUGAAACAGAUGUACUUCUGAUUUCAAUUUCUCAUAUGCAACAAUAAUAAUCCCCCUUCGUUUUCUGUAAAUGUAUGAAUAUCAAACCUCAUUUAUAAUGACAAUUUAUUAAUGGAAUAUAUGAUUGUUUUGUGUGUAUUACAACAUUGUCAUAAAAAGCAGUUUACCAUGAAAGUCCGUUUUGUUAAGAACAAUUCUGUUGAGAAUUAUUUUACAAAGAAAAAAAUGUACUGCCAUGACUUUGCAAGUUUAUUAUGAGCCCAGAAAGAUUUGUCUUGUAGCAUAAAGCCAUAAAUAUAUAAUUAUGAUUUGUCCAGAUAGAAUACCAACGGAUGGUACACAAAGAAAGUGCAACCUGAAAAAGUGUGUGUUUUUUUCUUCUUUUUAUGUGCAGUUAAUUUUGAAAUUUGAAUGAAUUUGAACAAAAUGAUUACUUAUUUACUGUUUAUACAUGCUCAUGUACAUAUGGUACAUUCACUGUCUGUUAAAGCACUCCAUUACCAAGGGGAAUUCCCUGUUUGAUCAGAGGGGAUUCCCCCUGCUUGAUGCUAGGGGAAUUCCCCAUUUGACUGUAGUGUCACAUUUUUUGUGUGUACAGGGUAUCAUAAGGUGUUGCAUUUAUUUAUUGUCUCUUUUGUUUGUGCCACGAGUGCAAAAAUAA